AUGUCACCAACAGCUUGGCAAACUAUUAUAAACUUCAUUGAAUAUUGGAAUAUAAACAUAAUAAAUACAAUAUUUUUUACUCUAAAUACCUUUGUCAUAAUUGGUGCCACGCUAAUGCAUUUUACUAAUUUCAAAUUACCGGAGAGAGCCAAAGAAUUUUUCCUUUUCGGCAAAUAUGCAUUAUAUAGCUCCCGGAAAUCAAUAUUAACUGUACCCAAGUCAUGGAUUUCAUACACCUAUCUAAUGGGUUCGAUUUUAUCAUUAUGUUAUAUUUAUCUAGUAAUAGAAAUGUACAUAUUCCAAAGUAAACUGCCAAAAUUUGUGGCAAUAUUGUUAAAUAUUCUUGCUGGUGGUAAAAAUCGCAAAGUUAUAUUAAAUUCAACAGAGUGUCUGAUUGUAACAGUGCUAAUGGGCCUACAAUGUGCAAGACGAGCUUAUGAGACAAUAUUCAUUCAAAUUUUCUCGAAAAAUAGCAGAUUGGAUAUGAGGCAUUAUUUGUUGAGUUUCUGUAUCUAUUUUGUAUUAAUGCCUGUUCUGGUGGCAAAUGCUGAAGGUUUUGUUGAAGGUUCAACUACCAGUCCCAUCGACUUACUGGAAUUAUCAUUAAUUCAAUAUUGCUCCAUUCUCGUUUUCCUUUUCUGUUGGUGGCAACAGUAUCAAACGAAUUUAAUAUUAAUUUAUCUACGAAAAGAGAAAAUAUCUGGAAAAUUGAUCACCGAAAAACAUUUGCUUCCCAGAGGUGGCUAUUUCGAAAGGGUAUCAUCACCACAUAUGCUUUUUGAAAUUGGCAUAUAUGUUUCACUACUUUUUGGCUUUUUUCGAGGAAGUAUUACAUGGUGGCUUCUUGCAAUUUCCGUAAUAAGUAAUCAGAUCUAUAUUGCAAUCCAAACGCACAUUUGGUAUAAGGAGAACUUUAAAAAUUAUCCUUGUAAUAGGAAAGCUAUUUUACCGUUUAUUUUGUAAGAUUUUCAAAUGAUCUUUCAAAUGCAAUUUUUUAUGGGCAAUAUACGUCCUUUGUUGAUGUUAAUAUAUACUCUGUGUACCAAAAGCUGGAAGAAUAUACAUUUUUUUCGAUAUCAUAAAGUACAAAUCGG